AUGUCUGCCGAGGACGCUUCAGGCGGCGACAAAGCGCCUGCGUCUGCACCUGCGCCAAAACCGGCGGCGGCGACUUUCAGUUCCUUCAUCAAUAAAAACACGACAGGCAAGAAAUUUGCACCUAAAGCCGCACGACGGAGACCUGGCGCCGCUGCUCCUGCUCCUGCUCCUGCCCCAACUCCCACGCCUUCUGCUGCGCCAGAGACACCGGCGGCGACUGCCGAAUCGCAAACUUCACAGACUCAACUCGAGACCUCGCAUGCGCCCGUCACUGAAGCUCCGAAUGUCCCACAGUUGCCCACACCAGCUGCCACCCAGGAACCCGCAGCAGAGACUGCUUCUCAACCCGCCCCGAGUACAGCCGAAUCCUCAACAGCGCUUCCACAGCCAACCCCCACCCCGCCCCCCACCCCACACCCCCCCCACCCCCCUCUCCUCAACACAACCCCCCACCCCCCCAAACCC